AUGCUGGGGCUGCCCCUCACCCUGCUCCUGCUGCUGCUGCUCGCCCCCCCGCCGCACCCCGCCCGGGCGGCGCCCCCGGGGAAGCCCCCCCGACUCCGAGGGCUGACGGCUGCUCCCACCGAGCCCCGCCGCCCCGGCGCCACGGGGAUGGGCACCACGACGGCACCGGGGCGACCCCUCCGAAAGGCACGGCACCGAAGACCUCUCCAGCCACGGCGGGAUCCCCCCAAGGCACCGGGGCGGCCCCCCCAAAGGGCAGUGGGGCCACCCCCGCGCCCCCCCACCCCAAGAGGGACUCCAUCCAGCCCCGUACCCCCAGAGGGCACGCGGCCCAAGGAGGGGGCUCCCGGGGGCAAAGCCCCCAGGCAGAAGGUGGUGCGGGUGAAGGUGGUGAGGAAGAAGGUGGUGAGGAAGAGGCCGAAGGCUCCGGGCAGGGACACAGCUGCUCCACGGGACUCUCCUUGUCCCCCCCUGGGGCUGGAGUCCCUGCGGGUUCAGGACUCCCAGCUGAGAGCCUCCAGCCACCAGCGCUACGGGCUGGGCGCGCACCGCGGGCGCCUCAACAUACAGUCGGGGCUGUACGACGGGGACCUGUACGACGGGGGCUGGUGUGCGGGGCAGGAGGACACGGAGCAGUGGCUGGAGGUGGACGCCGGCGGCAUCACCAACUUCACCGGGGUGGUCACCCAGGGGCUCAACUCCAUCUGGACGUACAACUGGGUGACGACCUUCAAGGUGCAGGUCAGCAAUGACACGCACGAGUGGCACCCCUGCCGCAACGGGACCGCCGAGGUGGUUUUCCCGGGGAACAAGGACCCCGAGACACCGGUGCUGAACCUGCUGCCCUCUCCGGUGGUCGCCCGGUACCUCCGCAUCAACCCCCAGACCUGGUUCCAGAACGGCACCAUUUGCCUGCGGGCAGAGGUGCUGGGCUGCCCGCUGCCUGACCCCAACAAUGCCUACACCUGGCCCCGCCAGCCCCUGCCCACCGACCCCCUGGAUUUCCGACAUCACAACUACAAGGAGAUGAGAAAGCUGAUGAAGCGGGUGAACGAGGAGUGUCCCAACAUCACCCGUGUCUACAGCAUCGGGAGGAGCUACCGGGGCCUCAAGAUGUACGUGAUGGAGAUCUCCGACCACCCCGGGCGCCAUGAAGUGGGCGAGCCGGAGUUCCGCUACGUGGCGGGGAUGCACGGGAACGAGGUGCUGGGCCGGGAGCUGCUGCUCAACCUGAUGGAAUACCUGUGCCGGGAGUUCCGGCGUGGCAACCCCCGCGUGGUGCAGCUGGUCACCCAGACCCGCAUCCACCUCCUGCCCUCCAUGAACCCCGACGGCUACGAGACCGCCUACAAGCUGGGCUCGGAGCUGUCAGGUUGGGCCAUGGGUCGUUGGACCUACGAGGGCAUCGAUCUCAACCACAACUUCGCUGACCUCAACACAGCACUGUGGGACGCCGAGGACAACGACCUCGUGCCCCACCAGUUCCCCAACCACUACAUCCCCAUCCCCGAGUACUACACCUUGGCCAACGCCACGGUGGCCCCCGAGACGCGGGCGGUGAUCGACUGGAUGCAGCGCGUCCCCUUCGUGCUGAGCGCCAACCUGCACGGGGGGGAGCUGGUGGUCACCUACCCCUUCGACAUGACCCGCACCUACUGGAAGGCUCAGGAGCACCCCACCCCCGAUGACGACGUCUUCCGAUGGCUGGCCACCGUCUACGCCACCUCCAACCUGGCCAUGGCCACCGAGGAGCGGCGCCUCUGCCACUACGAUGACUUUGCCCGCGUUGGGAACAUCAUCAACGGGGCCAACUGGCACACGGUGCCCGGCAGUAUGAACGACUUCAGCUACCUGCACACCAACUGCUUCGAGAUCACGGUGGAGCUCUCGUGUGACAAGUUCCCCCACGCCUCCGAGCUGCCGGACGAGUGGGAGAACAACCGGGAGGCUCUGCUGCUCUACAUGGAGCAGGUGCACCGGGGGAUCAAGGGGGUGGUUCGGGACAGGGAGACGGAGAAAGGAAUCGCCAACGCCAUCAUCUCUGUGGAUGGCAUCAACCACGACAUCCGGACAGCCCUGGACGGGGACUACUGGCGGCUGCUGAACCCGGGCGAGUACGAGGUGACGGCGCGGGCCGAGGGCUACCAGCCGGCUAGCCAGCCUUGCCGCGUCUCCUAUCGCAACACCCCCACCCCAUGCAGCUUUCGGCUGGCUCGGGCGCGGCCCCGGGGGCGGACACCGGGCAGGGACCCCUCCACCCCCGCCGAUCUGCUGCGGCUGCGGCGGCAGCGCCUGAACCGCCUGCGCGCCCACCGCCGGGCUCCGUGA